CCUAAAUAUAGUCAUGUGUGAUCUUGUUUGAUUUGUCUUAACAUAUAGAUUAUUAAUAUAUAAUUUCUAUAAUUUUUUAAUAUACAAAUUACAAGAUAAAAUGGAUUAAAGAAGUGCAUUGGAUGAUAUUGGAUAUCUGUUGCAUAAAUCAUGUCUCGAGAUGACGAGAUGAUAAAAAUAUUGUGAGAAUGACGCAGGUGAAAAUAUACUACGAGAUAACCAUGUCGUAGGCAGAAAUAUACAACAUGACGUAGAGAGAAAACUUUACCAACAUAUUAGGUCACAUAGCAUCCCCAUGUCGUUGUUCGACCCUCAACCAUCUAAGGCAACACCUAUGGUGGAAUGUGGACCAGAUCGAAUCUUGGCGCAAAGGCUAGGUUUGGAACUCUAGCCACCGGCUUUGUAAUCUGACGAUACAUCGAUGGGGCAUAAGCUAGCAGAGGUGACAACAAGUCCGAGCUAGGAUUUUGAGCCUAGCCUCGCCCAUGGAGGAUACCAGUGCAGCACUUACAAUGCAGAUUCAAAAAAGAGGAUUUAAUCGAUCAUUUGUCUUGCAGGAUUUAAUCGAUCAUUUUGUGGAAUCUGGGGACAAUUGGUCUUCCAAACUUGAAGAUGAUAUACCCACGUACUUUCUACUCUAAAAAAGGAGAAUGCAAGCGAUAAAAAAACUGAAGAUUAAGAAAUUGCCGGCGAUGAAGAAGCUAAAUCGUCAAUUACCUCUGGAUUUAUUGCCGCCGUUCUGCUCAUCGUCGUCCUCAACCAAUCCGGCGCCGUCUCCGCUGUGUAGAGGCGAGAGAUGGACUCGAUGUUGACAGCUCUGAGAAGAAACGGCUCUGGUCUCUUGAACAAUGCGAUUUUCACCUCCGAUCUCUCGAACGAUCUCGUAGACGGUGGAGAAACCGUUCUCUCUGUCUUCUUCCUGAUCGAUUCAUCUUUGUGCUCGACAUGGGAAUUCAGAUCUGCCACCUCUUCUAUCCGCUUCUUCUUGGUCCAUCUCUCCGCAAUCUCGCCGUCGAUUUUGUAUCCGAGGCAAAACUACGCUGCCGGAGGUCUCUUCCCCCACGCACUCCACCAGGCUCAUAUCCGUGGAUCUCCGUCGACGCCAGAGCGCAUCCCUAAGGAAACUUCCGUCUCAGAAGAUCCUCACUUAUGGACUUUUCAUCUGUCCAAUUCAGGUCAUGUUCAUUGUCUUGUGCUCCAUGAAAUGCAAAAUCAGAUUCAUCAUUAUCAAAUGCAAAUCUGUAAUUCUUGCAUUUGAGUUUCUGUCUUCCAUUAAAUCAGUUUUAUGACAUGAAUAUCAUUGUCAAUCUGAUUUCAUCCUCAUCAGAUUUCAUCAGAGAUUGAAUAAAUUCAAAACAUAUUCUUCAUUUUUGACUUUGUCAUCUCUGUUUUAUCUUCAUCAUAACUGAUCCUUAUUGAUCUUCUGUUCAUUACAUUGGUUCUCAGAUUGAGUAUCCAAUUUCAUUCUUAUUCUCAUGAUUGAAAUGUUUAGUUCAAUCUUUUCCCUUCACUUCUGUAAUUCAGAAGUUUCAUCACUGUUUCAGUUUCACUCAAUUGAGUUUCACUCAGUCAGUUUGAUUGAGUUUCACUCGUAUCGUUUUAAUCGAGUUUCACUCGUAUCGUUUUGAUCGAGUUUCACUUUCAUCAUCAUCCGGUUUUCGGUUGAUUUCAUCAAUUGCUUUUGUCAAUUGAUUUCAUUUCAUCCUUUGAUGUUUUCGUGUGAAUUCAUCAAUUGAUUUGUCAUCUCAACUUCAUCAUCGGUUUUGUAUGGUUCGCUUUUCUGUUCAUUUUGGAGAACCAUUGCAGCCAUCACUAGUUCAUCACUCAUCACUAGUUCAUCCAGAUUCAGGGGUGCUGAUAUUCUAGUUUUCAACACUGCUCAUUGGUGGUCUCAUCACAAAACCAAAGCAGGGAGGUAUUAUUACCAGGAAGGAGAUCAAGUUCAUUGGCACCUUGAUGUUCCAACAGCUUACAGAAGAGCACUUAUGACAUGCUGGGCAGAAAAGUGUGUUGUUUAUGCAUGGUCAACAGGAUCUUCAUUUACAUACACAAAGCAGUCAACAAGGAUCUUACUCAGUUGCAAGUUAAAGUUGUUC